UCAGUUAAUUCAAACUUUUAUUCAAUUUCAAGCAUAUGUGUUUUGUCAUUUAUUUUUCGUCUAUAAAGAACGCACACCACAAGCGAGCUCUUUGCAUCUUUGCCUCUUUCCUCAGAUCUGAUUUUCCCUCUCAUUCUCUCUCUCUCUGAUUCAUUUUCGAACAAAGCCUCUUCUUCUCAAGAUCUUGUGCAAUUGAGAUGAAUAAUGGUUUUGAUUCUUGUUAUCCGGUUGAAAUUAUUCUACUGUUUUUUUGUUCUUCUCAAUUUGAGAAUACUUUUUGCAACGUAGUUGACUCUCAUGGGGACUGUUGUUGACUCUGGAAAAAAGGAAGCAAAUGGAAGCUCACUGAGUGAAAAGAAGGUUACAGUUGUUUUUGUGUUGGGUGGCCCGGGCAGUGGAAAGGGCACUCAGUGUACAAAUAUUGUAGAACACUUUGGGUACACCCAUCUAAGUGCUGGUGAUCUUCUCCGAGCAGAAAAAGAAUCCGGUUCUGAAAAUGGGACCAUGAUUCAGAACAUGAUUAAGGAGGGAAAAAUUGUACCUUCGGAGGUAACAAUUAAGCUCCUUCAAAGAGCAAUGCAGGCAAAUAAUAAUGACAAAUUUCUUAUUGAUGGCUUUCCUCGUAAUGAGGAGAACCGUGCAGCAUUUGAGUCUGUUACGAGAAUUGAGCCAGAAUUUGUACUGUUUUUUGAUUGUUCAGAAGAAGUGAUGGAGAGGCGCCUUUUGGGUCGGAACCAGGGAAGAGCAGAUGACAACAUUGAUACAAUACGGAAGCGGUUUAAAGUUUACAUGGAAUCUACUCUUCCUGUGAUUGAGUAUUACAACUCUAAGGGGAAGGUUAGAAAGAUUGAUGCAGAAAAGCCUGUAGAAGAGGUUUUUGAAGCUGUGAAAUCAGUUUUCACCCCAUUGCAUGAGAAGGUAAAGCACCGUAGUAAUGCUCCAUGGAAUAUAAGUCGCUAUAGGGACCGUUGGUUUCUAUGGAGAAUAAAGUCUAGGCAAGUGGUGUAUCAGUGCUGUAAGCGUACAUAGUCCUGAUAAUUAUGAUAUGCUUCUGUAAUUUUAGGAGUUGAAAAUGCUUAAUGUUGUGUAUUCUGUAACAGAAAAUGUGCAAGUGAUUUUUAUGUUUUUGAUAGCUAGGGUUGUAUCUUAACGUGGUGAAAAUAAAGUCUGAAGGGAUGUUUGCCAAUAA